AUGCCACCGUCCUUCGGGAAAACCCUGCGGGCUAAUUCGAGAUGGGCCGCGGGUGAUGGGCCGCCGGGCUCCGCCGGGCCCUCCGCGCCCGCCUCGGGAAGACGCUCGGAGCGGGAGCCCGCGCCCCCGCGCCCCGCAAACCCACCCUCCGCGCCGCGCUGGCUGCUCGGGCCGCCAGGGGGCGCCCGGGCCGCGGGUCCCACUCGGCCCCCGGCUCCUCCGCCUCCGCGGCCUCCCGCACCCAGAAGCCGAGCUCCUGACCCAGCGGCGGGGAGAGAAGCUCUCUUCGGCACCGGCGCGAGGCCCGCGAGGGCAGCCUCCCGACCCCCUCGCCACCUCCAGAGAGGGCCCCGCGCCGCCCUCGUCGCAGCGUCAUCUCCCAGGGACCGCACUCGCCCCGCGGAUCCCCGCGUCUAUCCCCAGCUUCGGACGCGAAGCCCUCCCCGCAGUCUCAGCGUUCAGCCGCUGCCGCCCGGCUGCCAUCGAGCCCCGGGACCCAGACGGCGGCUCCCCACCUGCGGCCGCGCGACCGAACGCGGCCUGCAGCCCCUCCGCGGAGCCCUCGGCGCGCACUCGCCGCCCCCCGCUCUGCGACCGGCCAAGGCUGGCGGCCAGGCGCGGGUGGCUCCCGGAGGAAAACAGGGCUGGGUGCUCUGCGGGUCACCCGCGCCCACCCAUUUCCGGAGGAGACCCCAGCAGGGCGGGGACCGAGGGGCGGGGGCAGCAAGCGCGGGCGCCCCGUCGCGGCGCAAUGCUGGCCCCACCCGGCGGGCGAGGGGUCGCCACCGCCCGCCGUGA